UACCCCGCCUGACCGGCUCACCUCCGCCGCGUCCACCCCCACCCGGCUGGCCGUCGGCGGCGCACCGGCCCUCUUCGCCCUGUACCCCCGCCCGACGGCCCCGCCGCCAAGAAUUCGAGCUUUCUUGGCACAAGAAGCCGUUUCUUGGCCCGAGACAGCGUUUCUUGGCACAGGCCAAGAAACCCGGCGCCGGCGAGAUGCCCAGAAGGCCCCGCCGGGUCCAGGCGCACCCCGUGGCGGCGCAGCUCGGAGAGGAGGGGCGUCCCCUGCGCGAGCGCCUCCGGUUCGCCGUUCGGCGCGGGAUGGCGCGCGGAGGCCCCGCCGUCCGCGCUCUGCUUUGGCCACUCUGUCGCGCGGUGGCGCUCGGCGGCCGGCAUCUCCUCCGCGUCGUUCUGCGCGGGAUGGUGCGCGGAGGCCGCCAUCUUCUGCGCCCUUUUCGACUCCUGUGGCGCGGCCUGGAGCUCGGCGGCCACGCCCUGCAGCGCGCCGCGCUCGCCCUCGGCCGCCCUCUUCGUCUUCUGUGGCGCGGCCUGGAGCUCAGCGGCCACGCCCUGCAGCGCCGCGCGCUCGCCCUCGGCCGCCGACUCCUCGUCGCCCGCGUCCGACAGCAGGAGGCUGUGUACGGAGACGGCGAUGGCGAGCCCAGGACGCCGCCGAGGCCGACAGCGCAUGGCAGCGCUAUCUUCUACGAUCCCCGUGGGCGUCGACCUCGUCCUCCCUCGCUGCCGCUGCCUCCGCCGCCGCUACCUCCGCCGCCCCAGCCUUCUCCUCCUCCUCCGGUGGUUGUUGAUGGGGUGGAUGUGCCCAGGCACAUAGUCGAUCUCUUUGUCGACUAUUGCAGGAGAAGUUGUCCGGCUAAUUCAACAAUUUGUCACUUUUGCGUCUUUGAAAUGCAGCGGUCACAAAACUUCACGGUUGCUACUUGGCAGAUGCCUGCGCACUGUCAUGAUCUUCACAGGUUAGAGGGAGGGAGUGUCCGUUGCCCCGUGGCUGGCUGCCAUGUUCGAGUACGUCCAGGACGUGAUUUGGCACUGCACAGCCGCUUCGUGCACGAUUUCCCCCCAGGCUGGUGGCGUCGGUACAUCUGAUCUUUCAUGUACACAAGAAAGGCUUACAACUGAUGUUAGAUAUCCAGCAGCUUUGAUGAUAAAGAGAGGAGAAAGCUCAUGCACAAGAGUGAUACUGCCAAUAAAGAUCUUACGAUUGGUAGAAAUAUAAAGUAGUUGUGACGACGAGGAGAAAACUGAUCUUGGGUGCUGCUUGACAAUUUGUACUGCAAAUAUGACUCAUGUUCUGCAAUUAAGUCUCUCUGAAACAGCAGCUUUAAUGAAUAUCGAAGUUGAAAUUUGAAA